AUGAGUCGGAGAAUAAAGUCAACAUAUAGGCCUAAAGGAAGAGGUUUUGGUUGUGGAUAUCCCAGGGCACUUAUCGAGGUUGAGGAACCUGAAGAGGAGCCAACAAUUGAAAGUAAGAACAUUCCACCUCCUCAAGAGAGAAAGGAUGAAGGAGCAUCUGCAUCUGCAUUUCCAGGGCCUGCCCUGGAGGCUGAUCAACAGGAACUGGCUGAGCCUGAGCCAAAGACCGGUGGUGAGCAUGGUCCUGAUGUUGAGGGGAAGGGACUGCUGGAUCCAGAGCCCAAGAAAAUGCCAGAAGCGGGUGAAGGGCAACCACAGAUUUGA